AUGACCCGUCGGAAAGACGGCUCGAAGUCGGGGGAGAGGAGCAACUAUCGUCGGGCGCAGCACCACAUUACGGCGUUUUGGUCGGCGUUUAUGGCUCUGUGUCGCGAGGAAUACUUGAAGGGAACUCCGACGCGAGGUGACACGCCAGUGGAAGAUGACGAGGUGGUCGACGAGGUGAUUCGGUGGAUAGAGGCGCGGGCGAAGGCCCACAAGACUUUCGCUGUGUGGAAGCAGUUCCUCCUCCACGAAUACCCUGCGUACAUCGCCUUCCGAACUGCCCUGCGCACGGGUAACUUCAGGUUGAGGCUUGAUGCCCUUUGCCGUAUCGCCCCCAUAUUUUACAUCACCGUCAAAGACAAGUACCAGUUCCUCGUCGUAGAUCACCUGACGGACGUGUCGCGAGGUAGCCAAUCGUCUCGACAAGACGCUGACGAAAGGGAUCCUUUCAAGCACGAUAGAGAAGCUGGCACCGAUGCCCCAGCUGCGGCGGCGAUCGACUGCUUGAGAGAGAGCCCGGCGUUCAAAGGCGAUGAUGGCAAAGACAAGGUCGUGGCAUUGGACGGGAGAGUCUUUCCACCGGUCAAGUGGCAAGAGAUUCUCAACUCGCACGAUAAGGCUACCGCGAAAUUGCGAGAGUGUGUCCUGAAGAAGAUUUUCUCCAUCCCGGCUAGGAACAGCACCAACAAGGCCACGGAGAGUCAAGGGAGGUCGUCUGCCCUGAAGGAUACCGUCGGCAAUACCCACACGGGGGGUGAAGAGUGGAAGGCAUGGGCACUGAACGUGCUUGAUGCGGCCAGAGAAGGCGGAGGUGUGGUGACACAAGAUCAGAUGCUGAAAAUGGUGGGGUCCAUAGGAGCGGCCACGCCGUACAGCAUGGCCAACGCGACGGGAGGUGAGGGAGAGAGCGUGCGCAUAUCAAACGAAGUAGCCGGUUGGUCCGACUAGACAGAUUAAGUAGGGAAAGGCGUUGUCAUCUCGAGAUUUCGCUCCCAGCCGAAGUCCAUCCACUCUCAACACCCGUGCAUCUGAGUGUUUACCGUAAUCAUCGGGGCCUUGGCACGUAUCGGGGUCUCGGCAGAUAUCGGGGUCUUGGCACAGCGUUUGCGGAAAAUAGCGGGUUCCGAAUGAUUUGCUAGAUUAUCGCACAGGUAUCGGCGUCUCCGCACACGCGCCGAUAUGUGCGGUGAGGUUUAGCGGUAAGUGAUACCCUUUCACCAGCAUCUUGUGCUGGAAAUUCCGGAUACUGUGGGAUCUUGAAUCGCGUGUUCCACUGCUACUGCUGCCCUUGGCACCAUGACGAUGUUAAAAAAUGUGGUAUUUGGACUCUUUGUUCUCUUCUUUUCGUUCUGAAGAAUCAAGAUCGGCA